ACAUCGGAAGCUCGAGGCGGAUGAGUCUUGCGGAGGAUGCUAUAAAAGGUCAAGGGUCACCAACGAUGAGAACUUGCCUUAAACUAAUGAGUAAGGAAAACAAAGCGAGCGGUGAGAGCCGGUCGCAGCGCUAACGAAAAACAUAGAAAGUGGCGCAAGAAUUUAUGGAAGGGAAAUAGGCUGGCCGAGUCGUUGACGCUGCUUACUUUUGCAGAACUCGACUCGCGCGGGCCUCCCCCAUCCCCCAAUUCAUUUAUCCCUAAAAUUAUUUAAAUAUAUAUACUAUUAACAUUAAACUACAAAUGCAAAAAAAAAUAAAAAUUAAUUGAUCUGUUUUAACUAGCGUAAUCCUGUUUGGUCUGUUCUCCCGAUCGAUGUUGUAAGAAGGAAGAAAGCUUCACAUCGAGGACAAAGAUCCUGUUUGUCGCCUCCUUUGUCCAAAACAAUGGAAGAAGCUCAUUCAGUGAACAGUCCAAGACGGGUUCUAAGCUUCUCCAAGAGACAGAAGCAAAAGCCCUUCGGUCUCCAGGAUUCAGACAGCACAAGGUCAUCUCCGUUCAGAGCAUCGCAAGUUCAGGGACCUAAACCCUCUGAGGUGUAUGGCUUUGUAGGCUCCAUCUCCACGGUUGUUGCCACAUUGAUCUUCUUGAUAUGGGCUUAUGUACCUGAUAAACUGUUGGAGUCUAUAGGGAUCCAUUACUACCCAAGCAGGUACUGGGUGUUGGCGAUGCCAACGUAUCUGAUGGUGACUUUGCUGCUGGGUUUGGCGUUUUACAUUGGCCUCAACUUCAUCGCCACUCCACACCCUACCUCUCUCAAUACCUUGUUUGAUGAGUAUAGUCGGGAGCCUGGGGAGAUUGAUUCUCAGAUGGAGGAAGGGGACGAGAGGCCUAUAGAUCCGAUCUCUGAUAUUGAUAUUACAAGAAUCAAUGAUAUUAUGUUCAAUUCAAGUGGUGUCCAGUGAUAUUUUCUUUUGUUUUGAUUCUUUAGAAGCUAAAACCAUCUAGCUUUUGAUUAAGUUAGUGACUGAUGUAAACUGGAACUGUUACCAUGUUUUUUUCUUCCUAA